CUAAUAUAUUAAGAUAGUUUUGAUAAGUUUGAUCAAUAGUAAUUUUUAUUGGAUAUUAAUUUAACACCUUAACAACCUUUAACAAGGGCGAUUGCAUUAAAUUUGACCAAAAUUUUUCAAUGAAGGUUGACAAAUAAAACACAAAUUAUUGUAAAAAGACACCAAUCGCCAUGCUGCGGGGAAUCCUUCUGCUACUGAUUGCGCAUGACUUGUUUGGGUGGGAUGCUGUUUUUGCGCAAGAUCCAUUACAGGCCACACUAAUACCACCAAAUCACUGGAAAUUAUCAUCUCAGUCUUCGCAAGUCAUGGCCUCCACUAGUAAAACUGAAGAUGCGGCUGGAAAAAGCAUAGUUGUGAACUGGAAGCUGACCUGCCAACAACUCUGCGGAUCGGGAUACGGUGGACCGGCCUGUGGGCCAGCCUGCUUAGAGCGGGUGAAUGGCAGCACGGAGAAUAUAUUCAAAAUAUCUAGUAAGGUUGAAUAUGAAUUAUGUCCAACGUUGUGUGGACAAGGCCUCGGUACCAAAAAAUGUGCUUGUGCGAUGGAAACACAAGCUAAUGGUAGCUUCCAGGAUCGCAACGAAGUAUGCAGCAUGUUCUGUGCGGUUGCCAAGUUCCAGCUGAACGGUUGCAGCCGAUGCGGUGGUGAUCAACUCUCCGACCCAGCCACCGACUCCGGCGUCCAAACUACAACGCCAAAUUGGGAUGAACUUUGUUCAGUUUGGUGUAAAAUGGGUGAAGGCGGGACAUUAUGCAAUUGUGAUCUACCACCUUUUAUUUAGUAAUGUGUUAUUAAGUAUUUUUUCUCAAUUUAUAUUUUUCAAUAAAUAUAAUUUCUGAUUUCUGAGA